AUGGUUGCUAGACUUCGAUUGGUUUUUUUCUCUUGGUUUGUUUUGAGUGUUGAAUGGUUGUAUGGUUACGAUUGGUCUAUCAUAGUACAUCCAUCAUUACAUGCGAUGUCGUUGGUGCGCUUUGUUAUUCCUAGUCGAUGUGGUUCGCUUUCAGAGUGGCUUACUAUUGGUAGUCGGGAGUUCAUUUGGGUUCCUACAUAUUGUCCUGUUUUCUCAAAGCCACUGAGAAGAAAACAUUGA